AUGACAUGCUUAUCUUCAUUUCACUUGAAGGAAUGCAAGAAGGACAUCAGCUACCUCACAAAUCUACCAUUGGCAUCAAAAAAGCUCCAAAUUUUCCAUGCCGAUCUCAACCAACCCGACAGCUUCGACACGGCCAUCGAAGGGUGCGUCGGAGUCUUUCACCUCGCCCAUCCCAUGGAUGACGAUGGCGGCAAAGAACGGGAGGAAACUGUGACCGAACGGGCCAUGGAAGGAAUGAUGGGGAUCUUAAAGGCAUGCCUGAAAUCAACGACAGUGAAACGAGUUAUUUACACGUCGAGUGCAGCCACAAUAUUGUUCAACAACAAGGGUCAAAGUGUAACAGAUGAAAAUACGUGGAGCGACCUUGAUAUUUGUAGAAAUAGCAAGCUUGUAAAUCCUUCUUACUUGGUUUCCAAGAUCAUGACAGAGAGGCUUGCCCUAGAGUUUGCAGAAGAAAAUGGAUUGGAUCUUGUGACAUUGGUUCUUCCCGUGGUUGUUGGACCCUUCAUUUGUCCAACUAUGCCAUCCUCAGUGUCCAUAGCACUGGCUAUGAUCUUGGGUGAGCAAGACCUAUAUGCAUAUCUUAUUUACUCCUAUAUGGUGCACAUAGAGGAUGUUGCCAAUGCACUUAUCUUCCUUCUUGAGUGUCCUAAUGCUAAAGGGAGAUACAUCUGCUCAUCAGCCGAAAUAACGAUUCAACAAAUGCAUGAAUUUCUUUCUUCAAGAUACCAGGAAUUUCAAAUGCCAAAGAUUGACCAAUUCAAAGGGUUUGCAAGUUACAGGUUCUCAGGCCUCUCAUCGAUGAAGCUCUUGGAGAGUGGGUUCGAGUUUAAGUACGGUGUUGAUGAGAUGUUUGAUGGAGCAAUCCAAUGCUGCAAAGAAAAGGGCUUUCUUUAGUUCGUGCAUGCAUGGUUGGCAUAAGUUCUCACGUAAAUUAUAUAUAUCAUAAUUACAGUUGAGGACAAACCGUUGUUUUCACUCACGUUC